GAUAUUGGCGGACACUCACGUAUACGUCGUCGUUUGGCCAUCACAGGGAAACCCUUUUUUCUAAGUUCGAAACUCACUCGUAUGCAGAAAGUUUCUCCCUCCCGCUCUUUUGAGCUCUCCGAUCAAUGGCUCCCAAAUCCGAUAGCACGGAAGGAAUCGUGCUCAACUUCGUGAAUGAGCAAAAUAGGCCAUUGAAUUCCCAAUGUGUUGCCGAUUCACUACAAAAGUUUGAUCUAAAGAAGGCUGCAGUACAAAAAGCAUUGGAUAGCCUUGCUGAUAGCGGGAAAAUAUCAUUCAAAGAAUAUGGCAAGCAGAAAAUAUACUUGGCUAGGCAAGAUCAGUUCAACAUUCCAAACAAUGAAGAGCUCAAUCAGAUGAAAGAAGAGAAUGCUAAAUUGCAAGAACAACUCAAUGAACAAAAGAAGGCUAUUGCUGAGGUUGAAGGAGAGAUUAAAGCGCUGCAAUCAAACUUGACGCUGGAGGAGAUACAUGCCAAAAAAAACAAAUUGGGAAAUGAGGUCAAACAAAUGGAGGAUAAGUUGAUUAAACUGAGGCAAGGAGUAACUCUGGUGAGUCCAGAAGAGCGGCAGAUUGUUGAGAAGAUAUAUAUGGAUGUGAUAAAUCAAUGGAGAAGACGCAAGAGGAUGUUUAAAGAUAUCUGGGAUGCAAUAACUGAAAACUCUCCCAAGAAUCUAAAAGACUUCAAGGAGGAACUUGGGAUUGAGUACGAUGAAGAUGUUGGCGUAAGUCUGCAGUCCUAUGGUGAGCUAAUGCAAAGUGGAAAGAAGCGAGCCAGAUGCAAAUGAACUUUUUACCCAGAUUCUAGAAAUAAACAUAGUUCAAGGUUUUGUAUCUAAUACUCGUAAUUUUUAUAGCGAGGUCUGAGAUUUGGUUUCGAUAAUGUUCUGCAUUGUUGAUCAUACUUUCUUUAUUCGUUGCACACCUCGUUCUCUUCA